AGGCUACCCGCAUCUGUGUUUCCUUUCCAAAAUGGCGGACCAAUCGCGACAGAGCGACAAAGAACAUCCUCACGUGGAGGCUGUACAAAUUGAAGGAUUGGUUGCUUUAAAAAUCAUUCGGCAUUGCUAUGAAGAAGGCCCGAGUGAAAUCGCCCAGGGCGUCCUACUUGGACUUGUCGUUGAUAAAAAACUAGAAAUCACAAAUUGCUUCCCGUUCCCAAGAUCGGAAGAUGACGAGAGCAGUGAAGUGCAAUAUCAAAUGGAAAUGAUGAGAAAAUUGAGAGAAGUCAAUGUUGAUCACCUUCAUGUUGGCUGGUAUCAAUCAACUUACCUUGGUUCUUUCUUGAAUAAGAAUUUCGUAGAAGCACAGUACAACUAUCAAAGCUCUAUUGAAGAAUCUGUUGUUUUGGUCUAUGAUCCACUAAAGACUCUGCAAGGAAUGUUAUCAUUUAAAGCUUACAGAUUAACCCCUCUUCUAAUGGAGUUAUAUCGCAGUGGUGAAAAAGCAUUCACACCAGAUGGUUUGGCAAAGAGAGGUGUAAGUUAUGACAAUCUUUUUGAAGAGGUUCCAGUCAUAAUCAAAAAUUCAAAUCUUGCAUGUAUUCUUCUCUGUGAAAUUGAAGAAAUGUCCAAUAUUAAAGAUAAGGACUCAUUUCUUAGCCUUGCAACCGGGUCCUACCUUGAGAAAAGUGUACAGCUUCUUAUGGAAGGUGCUGAUGAACUUUGUCAGGAUGCACAAAAGCUGCACAAUUACCAAAGGAAUAACUCAAGACAGCAGCAGCAAAUAGAUGGUUACAAAGCAAAGAGGGCUGCCGAAAAUGAUCAAAGAAUAAAACGCGGUGAACAACCAUUACCAGAAGAAGACAUGACCAAAGUGUUCCGACCCAUACCACCACCAUCAAGAUUGGACAAUACCUUAGUCAACUCUCAAAUUAACAAUUAUUGUCAAGAGCUUACCCAGUUUGCCUCUCAAAGUUUUACAAAGUUGUACAUGGCUGAGGCAAUACAAAGUACUCAGCAGAAGUAAGCUUGUGUACAAAGCGAUAUCCUUGCUAUUACAGUAAAGUGAUAUUCUUGAUCUUGUUGA